AGCAUUAAUAUUCUAGGGGUCAAGGCACUAGGCAUGAGAGCAACAUCUGCACUGCAUUUAUUAAUGGAAAGUCCUCUAUGACUUGAAUACAUGUAUAUAUUACUUGUAAUGUUGAUUCCUUUGCCUUUAUAUUUUUUAUUCUGAUUACCGUUAGUUCCUCCUGUGCCCUAAUUUCGCUGUCCCUUCCGAGAAUACGUUAAUCAUUACCUUAGUGUUUUUUGGAAGGGGACAAGGGCUUCUGGUCAGUGUGUUUGUAUUAGAGAUCAACUCGACGAGUAUUGCCCAUAUUCCACUUAAUGCGCACGGAGUUUUCCUUUAAGACAACGAGGAAAGACUAUCCGAGACCAUGGAUAAUUCUAUAGUUCUUCUGGCCUUUGCCGUUCUGUUUGGAUAAACGAUUCGUUUUUAUGACUUCAGUUCAGUUUGAAUUUAUUUUUGGAGAUAAGUGACCCUCUCUUUUAUCUUUUCAAUACACGAAGCUCCAGAACUGGCAAGGAGAAUAAAUCCCAAACCUGUUGCUGUCAUUAGAUCUCCUUAAUGAAGGGUACGGAUCAGUCUUAAAAGGGCUCUCUAAACUGACAGCUAUUGGAGCAGCUGCUAUCCUUAUAUCCUGUAGACAGCUGCCUCUGAAACGCCUGGAACAAAGCUCGCAUGGAGCAGGAGCAAACGGGGGACCUCUACUUAUUGCUCAUAUACACCUUUCCCAAACUACCACUGGAGCGUCAUUACGCCCCCAAAACUGAACUGGAUGGUAUUUAUAAUGCAAUAUCCUCCAUACAAGCUGCUUGACGGAAUCCGAUAUUGAUGGUUGUCCUUGCAGGGAUUAAACGUCCCCAACAUCAAGGGUGUCAAGGAACGUCAACAGCAGAGAAUGAGUCGAUGAGAAGGUGAAAGCAAAGUGGGAUUGUGAUAGAUUGGAAUGGGUAAACUCCAUCUUCCAAAAUGUUCAGACAGCGUCCUUCUCAAGACGGUUCUUCUGCUUAUCUUCUGCGAGCAAGUAAAUGCCCAGUGUAAGAUCGUCAAAUGCAAUUCAGAGUAUGUGUCUGCCACGUUGAACUUGAGGGGUUCUGGCAGAAAUGCAGAGAUCCAGAAAUGCAGUGCCCUGCGUGCCUAUUCCCAAUGUACCCGCAAAACCGCUCGAACCUGCCGCGGAGACCUGAUCUACCACUCGGCAGUGCACAUCAUUGAAGAUCUCAUGAUUCAGCACAACUGUUCCAAAGAGGGACCUACGGCAUCCCCCAGACCUCAACCCCCACAGCCGCUCCCCGAAGGGCCAAGGAAACAGGAGGCCUGUGAUUAUGAGAGAACUUUCCGUGAGAAGAAUGGCAAGAUUCCAAAGUAUCUCCACUGUGGUGUGUUUGGAGACCCUCAUGUACGCACUUUUAGCGGUGACUUUCAGACGUGUCGAGUCAAUGGGUCAUGGCCUCUGUUGGACAAUGAAUAUCUGUUUGUCCAAGCCACCAGUUCACCACUCUCCACCAUGUCCAACGCCACAGUUACCACUAAGAUCACCAUCAUCUUCAAAAAUAUGAAGCAGUGCAUCGAUCAGAAGGUUUACCAGGCUGAAGUGGAUAACCUCCCAGCAGCCUUUGAUGAUGGUUCUGUAAACGGAGGUAGACGAGGGGGAGGAAGCAACCUUAAAAUCUACGACAGGGAGCCUGGGAGCUUAAUAGAGAUUGAGGCCCCUUAUAUUGGCACAACCAUACGGGUUCGCCAGCUGGCCAAGCAGCUCUCAUUCUCCCUGCGCAUGCCUGAGGACAUCUCAUUGGCCUUCCAAGAGGAGCAGGAUUUGCAGCUAUGCCUGGGAGGAUGCCCAGCAAGCCAGUUCAUAUCUAGGACUAAGGAUCUUGGUAGGACAAGUUCUAUCAGCAGGGACAAGGCCAAAUCCUUGUGCAGAGGGAAACUCCCAGUUGAAGAUGCUUAUUUCCAGUCUUGUGUUUUUGAUGUGGCCAUAUCUGGAGAUACUAACAUGACAAAUGCAGCCUACUAUGCCUUGGAGGACGCAAAAGACUUUCUCCCUGAACCAGGAACAUUGCAUAUAUUUUCCACAGCAGCAGCAACGAGUCUGCAUGUACCAGUUGCCUUAUUAAUUCUGCUUUCUCUGGCUGCCACGGUGGGAAACCUGUAGCUAUUUGGGCGUUGGAUGGGGCAAACAAAGGCCAAGACACAUAUGUGAAGAUAGUGGACCCAAUGUUCAGCAGAAGCUUCAUCAUUUUAACAACAGUUUUGGUGCAAGUUCUGGUUUGAAACAAACCUAUUGUACAUAAAAUUAUACUUCUCAUGGUACAGGAGUCAAAUAUCAGGCCUCUGCCAGCAAAUCCCAAACGUUUAAUGAUAAUAUCUCUUGAUCUUCACUGGAUAAUCAUGUGAAUAUUCUAUGCCCUUGAGCCAAAUCACAGUGGCAGAAUCCAUUAGCGAACUGUAUCACAUACAAACACACACCUAUGUAUAUAUUACGUUUACCAGUAGGGGGAGUAAAAGGCACAGACUAUACUCCCCUCUCUUGAAAAACUAUUUUAGAAUGCACCUUCUUAAAUUUGAAAGUAUAUAUAUAUAUAUUUAUAUUUUAUAUUUAGAAUGUUUGCUUAGCAGGAAAAUGUAGCAUAUAAGGACAGUUUAAGUUCAACCAUUUUCUAAAUUUAAGAGGAACCACAACAUAAUUUUCAAUUGCCUCUUUGUAUUUGCCAAAUUGAGAUAUUAAGAAGUGGGUUUAUGAAUAUUAAUAUUUUGUUUUGAUUUCUCAGGCUUCUAUUAUGAUGUUAGCGGCGUGGCCUGCUGUUUUUGUUUUGCCUAAGCAGCCAUUGUCUGGCAACAACUUUCUUUAUCACCUCCCACAGCCCUCCCAUUGUUCUAUAAGGCUCUACCAAGAAGCAAGAAAGGGGUGUGGAAUAGAGGCCUGUAGUGACAUCAUUGAAGGAGUGGCCACCACCCAGAGAGCUGUAAAUGGAAUUAUCCAUUUCAGGGACAACUAUAGGGAGUUUUUUGUAGCAUGGAAACAAGUCCCAUAUAACUAAGGCACAAAGGGUAUUACCAUGGUGCCCUUUGCCCCCUGAGUAUCUAGACCACUAACCUUGACGUUGGUGGGUCAGUCUCUAUAGAUUUCAAGGAGCUGCAUAUCAACAUUACGCAGAUACUUGUUGCUGUCUGUUUGGUAUGGUUAAAUUAAAUGUAAACUCCCAUAACAUUUACAUUAAUCAUUUUCUAGCUUUCAAUAUGUUGGCAGUUUUUCACUGCUGUUAUAAUGAAUCUGAUACAACAGCGCCACCUAUUGUUCAUAUCAGCUGUCUGGACAGAAAAUUAAGUUAGUGAAAAAAGGAAAGUCUUGUGAUGUUGCUCUGAACAAAAAAUGAAUUUAAUGAGUAGAAAAGAGUCAUCUGAUGUAUCUCUGGUCUGCUUUAAAGGAACAGUAACGUCAAAAAAUAAAAGUGUUUUAAAGUAAUGAAAAUAUAAUGCAGUGCUGCCCUGCACUGGUAAAACUGGUGUGUUUGCUUCAGAA